UAUGGCGUAACAACUCAACAUGGCGUUGCCCUGUGAGAGUCAUGCUGUUUUAACGUUACUCUAUUUACUCUCGUUUGCUCUGUAGAGGUUAUUGCAUUUAAUGCAUAAACAUUAAUGUCUCCAUCCGUACGUUGUCCUCUAAUCGCUCAGCGGAACACUGGACUUCGUUUAUGUUCGAUUUGAUAUGAGCUGCUUGAUAAUUAAUGUCAUUAAUCUCAGAGGGGUCAAAGAUGCUUAACUGAUUUCAGCUGAUGUCACUUGGCUUGUGUUCACAAUGACACAAAGACUGGCCAGAGUUUGCACCUCCUAUUUAAGGCAACAGAGACAGAACAUCAAGCGUGUUGAUAACAGAAUAACACCAACGGUGUGGACGUGUGGCCUGAAGGGCUUUGGAACAGGUCCUAAAAGUUCAGAUGGAGAUGAUGGUGAGUCGGAAGCACCGGCGGCACCUGGGCCAACACUUUCACGCUUCUCGAGAGGAUCUUCUGUGUUUGGGAGACGGCGACCCUUGUCGCCUUUAGAGCGGGUCAGUCAACUGCUGCCUCAGGACUCUCUGAGUAAGGAGGUAUGGGAACUGAGAGAGAGUAAAUCUCUGGAGGAGGCCGAAACGGAGGAACAGAGUCAAAAAGGGCCAACUAAAGGUGAGUAUCACGCAGAUGUUCAGAGUCCCAAGGAUGACAGUGGAGAUGUGGCUGCUCAGAUGCAAGAUGCUCUUAUUCAAGGCGAGGAGACCGAGGAGGAGAGCAGGAGGACAGGAGCGAUGGAGCGGAUGAUGUGUUUUGGGGAGGCUCUGCUGGCGGAGUACCGCCGUAAUCGAAGGCUGGAGUUCCGCAAGAUGUUCCAGCUGCAGGAAGGAAUGAAGCUGCAGAGUAACUGGGGUGUUAUACCUCAUCGGGAUAUCGCGGGACGCCCUGCUGGAACUGUCCUACGCACCAGCCUGGGACUCCCCAUGCUCCUCCGCAGGCCCAGUCUGGAGGAGUUCACUCUGUUUAUGAGGAGAGGGCCUGCCAUUGCUUAUCCUAAAGACGCCAGUGCCAUGCUGAUGAUGAUGGACGUGAGCGAGGGAGACAGUGUGCUGGAGUCAGGCUCAGGAUCAGGAGCUAUGAGCCUCUUCCUCUCCAGAGCAGUGGGGUCUAAAGGCAGUGUGUUGAGUGUUGAGGUGAGAGAGGACCAUCACAAACGCUCCGUUUUAAACUAUCAGCGCUGGUGUUCCACCUGGAAACUCCGCAGAGGAGAAGACUGGCCUGAUAAUGUUCAGUUUCACCAUGGUGACCUGAUAAACUCUGCUCCUUUGCUUGCUGGGCGAAGCUUCAAUUCGGUUGCUCUGGAUAUGGUCAGUCCUCAUUUAGCACUGCCAUCAGUAGUUCCUCAUCUUCAUAACGGAGCCAUUUGUGCUGUCUACCUGGCUAACGUUACACAGAUUAUUGACAUGUUGGAGGGACUGCGAUGUUCCUCUCUUCCUCUGGUGUGUGAACGCAUCAUCGAGGUGCAGUACAGGGAUUGGCUGCUGGCACCGUCACUCAAAAAAGAUGGCACCUUCAACCGGCGUAGGCCUAUGAGUGAAGAAACUGUUGACAGUGAGGAAGAUAUCUCGACUGAUGAAGAAAAGGAGGAGCUCACCAGUCCAAAGCAGGCCCCAUUUGGGAGUGUCCCAUACAUUGCUAGGCCUCAUCCUGAACAGCUUGGACACACGGCCUUCCUUGUGAAAUUACGGAAGAUCCUGAAAUAGCUCAUCUACAACCGCGGCACCCGUCAUGAAGACCCAAGCCAAGGCCAAAUAAAUACCUGUGUGUA